GGUCGACGCACGUACCGCUUUUAUUUUGAAGGGGGGUGCGGUAGCCCCGAUCUUUCGCUAGCUUCCGGUAGCUUGACGCAUCGAAAGGAGAAAAGAAAGAGAGAGAGAGAGAGAGAGAGAGAGAGUGUGGGGGGGUGAAGUUACAAAAAGACCAAAACAGAGACUUCGCGUCCCGGAGUGCACACAUGCCGCCCCGGGUAUGAAUGAGAGCUGACACGGGCUCCGCGGUGCGUUUACGAACAGUUGGGAUAUUUCCCUAAUAACUUGUAACUGUGGUUUGCUGUGGAGGAUCAACAUGCACUGUCCCACACUGACAAACACAAAUAAGCUCUUGUAGCUGGAGGAGCGAUCGCGCCCCCCCCCCCUCCGCCCCUAACUUCUCCUCCGGUGCCCCUUCCUGGGGAUCAAUGACCGGACCCACCUCCCCGAGCCGGACCGGGACCUCCUCGGCCAAGCUGAGCAGGCACGGCCGCUCCAAGAGCACCAGCGCACACUGCCUCCUCCGCUGCGCCGCCCGGGAGGAGUCGGCCGCCUCCUCCCCGAACAACGGCGCCCGGUCCCCCGGGGAGGAGGAGGAGAAGGACGGGGGGGUUCUCUUCUACGUGAACAGGACCGGUUUCCCCAUCGAGGGGGUCACGUGGGAGAGGAUGUGGUCCCACGUGGCGGUCGUGCACCCCGAGGGCCAGGAGAUGGCGGACAGGAUACGGAACGCCGCGUACCUUCCCAAGGUAGGCCGGCGGGUGAUCGGUUCCUCAAACACAACACAAAUACUGCCGCACACGAUGCUACAAAAGCAUCACGUUCCCUCCGUCCCGACCUUCAAGCCGUCCAUGUCGGUCCCUGAUUGGCUGGUGUCCAUCCAGAACUACAUGAAGGCUCUGCAAUACAACCACACGGGAACCCAGUUCUUUGAGGUCAAGAAGAGCCGCCCGCUGAGCGGGUUAAUGGAGACGGCGAGAGAGAUGAUCAGAGAGUCUUUGCCAAUCAAAUGUCUGGAAGCCGUCAUCCUGGGAAUCUACCUGACCAACGGGCUGACGUCCCUCGAGCGGUUCCCCAUCAGCUUCAAGACCCAGUUCUCGGGCCACUGCUUCCACCACGUGGUUCUGGGCGUGUACUGCAACGGCCGCUACGGCUCGCUGGGCAUGAGCCGGCGCCCGGACCUCAUGGACAAGCCGCUGGCGCACCGCACGCUGGGCGAGCUGGUGGCCGAGUUCGAGAGCUCCUACAAGAGGUACCAGCACACCCUGAAGAAGGUGAAGAUCGGCCUCUACGUGCCUCACGACCCCCACGUCUUCCAGCCCAUCGAGUGGAAGCACCUGGUGCUGAACGCCGCCCGGCUGGGGGCUCAGGAGAUGAGGAAGGAGCUGGAGAAGCACGGCCGCGACAUGAGGAUGAAGAUCCUGAAAUCCUCCAGCGCCCAGUCGCCAAUCAAGGAGCGCAGUCGGGGGAAGUCCUUGUCGCCGCGGCGACGGCAGAGCAGCCCCCAGCGCCGCCUCACACACCGCAGAGACAAAUCGCCGGCCUCGGUGGAGAGGAAACCUCCGGAGCUCAGCACUCUCAACGACGGCUACCAGAUCCGCAUCUGAUCCACUACAUCUUCCGUCCAGCCUUCUCAGCCCCCCCCCCCCC